CCAUCGUUGGAUCAUCUCAGGAGGAGAACACAGGCUGGACGGUUUCGCCUUUUUGAAUAAAAAAGAGACACGUUUACUCGCUCUUUCCGUGAGAAUAUUGAACUGAAUUUGAAGUGGAACUACGAGGGCUUUUCCGUGCGCGCGUGGAUGGAUUUGCUCUUCACAUAUAGCUCGGUCUUUUAACUAAAGGAUGGGGAAUCGAGGACAAAGGAGCCGCUGGUUGGACUCGGGCAUCCUCUUUAUUCUGCUCCAGAGCGGGAUCCUGGCUCAACUGAGGUACUCUGUUCCAGAGGAGGUCAAGAUAGGAUUUACUGUCGGAAAUGUGGCAAAAGAUUUGGGGCUUGAUGUGAGCACUUUGUCAGACAGGAGGUUUCGUUUAGUUUCAGGUCCUAAUUAUGCGCUGUUUCGGCUGGACCAGAACAACGGAGUGCUUUAUGUCGGAGAGAAGAUCGACCGGGAGGAGAUCUGUGACGGAGUCAGACUGUGCUUGAUAAACCUGAAAAUUGUGGUCGAGAGUCCGCUGGAGAUUCAUUACGUGAGUGUUGAAAUAGUUGAUGUGAACGACCAUCCCCCGACCUUUCCGGAAAACGAGCAGCGACUGGAGAUAGCGGAGCAUAUUCCGCCAGGGACGCGUUUCCAGAUUCACGCGGCCAGAGACCCUGACGUCGGUUCGCACUCUGUCCGAUCAUAUAAACUGAGUGCGAACGAGCUUUUUGAUAUUGAGGUUAAGGACCGUGAUGAAGACAAGAUUCCCUUUUUAAUCAUUAAAAAACCGCUGGACAGGGAGUUAAAGGCAGAGCAUGUUCUGUUGCUCUCGGCUGUGGAUGGAGGGAGUCCACCGAGAUCAGGGAGUCUUAAUUUAACCAUCAGUGUGCUGGAUGCUAACGAUAAUCGCCCCAUAUUCAAUAAAGAAGUGUAUAACGUUCUGCUGAAUGAAAAUGCCCCAAUAGGUGCGACUGUUGUCAGAGUAAAUGCGACUGAUAUAGACGAGGGUCUUAACAGCGAAAUUCAAUACAGUUUCGGAAAAACAUUGAAGAAAAAAGUGCAAGAUAUUUUUGAAUUGGAUCCUGUCACUGGUGACAUCACGGUAAAGGGAAAUAUAGAUUAUGAGGAUAUUGAUAUUUUUAAAAUUGACGUGCAGGCGUCUGAUAAAGGACACUUACCGUGGACAUCUGAAUGUACAGUUGUGAUAAAAAUAAAAGAUGUCAACGACAAUAAGCCGGAAAUUUCAGUGACGUCACUGCGGAGCGUAGUUCCAGAAGACUCCAAACCUGGAACUGUUAUAUCUCUUAUAGGUGUGACAGACAAAGACUCUGGUCAAAAUGGAAAAGUGAAGUGCACAAUUUCUGAUGAUGUUCCGUUUGAGUUAAUGGCCUCGAUUGAAGAGAACAUGUACUCAUUAGUUACUAAGGGGCAUUUAGACCGAGAGACUGUGUCUCAUUAUGAAGUUACAAUCACAGCCACUGACUGUGGUGAACCUCCUUUGUCCACAGCGAUAACUCUGAGUUUCCAUGUAUCAGACAUAAACGAUAAUAGACCACAAUUUCCCCAGAAUCCACUGGAACUGUACUUGUUUGAAAAUAAUGGUGCAGGAGCAUCAAUAUUUGCAGUUAGUGCUGUUGAUCAUGACCUUGAUGAAAAUGCAGCAGUGUCAUACCAGAUAGUCCGAGGUGACGGACAGAGAGACAUGACAUCAUUCAUGAACAUCAACUCAGACAAUGGUGACAUUUCUGCUCUGAAGAGCUUUGACUUUGAGACAGUGAAGAGUUUCCAGUUCCAAGUUGUGGCCACAGAUUCUGGAAGUCCGUCACUGAGCAGCAACGUGACAGUGAACGUGUUCAUCCUGGAUCAGAACGACAACCCUCCAGUCAUCCUGUAUCCAGUCAACUCCAACGGUUCUGCUGAAGGUGUGGAGGAGAUUCCCCGCAAUGUGAACGCAGGACACUUGGUGACUAAAGUCCGAGCUUAUGACGCUGAUGUAGGUUACAACGGCUGGUUACUGUUUUCACUGCAGCAAGUUUCUGACCACAGCCUCUUUGGUUUGGACCGCUAUACGGGACAGAUCAGAACUCUCCGCUCGUUCACAGAGACAGACGAGGCGGAACAUAAACUGGUCAUACUGGUCAAAGACAAUGGGAACGUGUCUCUGUCAGCAACAGCUACUGUGCUGGUCAAAGUUGUGGAGCCCAAAGAGGCUUUUGCUGCUUCUGAUGUGAAAAGCUCAGCAAAGGUGGAUGAAGACACGGAUGUGACUUUUUACCUGAUGAUCACUUUGGGCUCAGUUUCAGUCCUUUUCAUCAUCAGCAUCAUCGUGUUGAUCGCAAUGCAGUGCUCCAAAUCCACAGACUACACUUCUAAAUAUCUCCAAGAGACCAACUAUGAUGGAACUCUGUGCCACAGCAUCCAGUACAGAUCUGGAGACAAGCGCUACAUGCUAGUUGGACCCAGAAUGAGUAUUGGAUCUACUAUAGUUCCUGGCAGCCAUGCCAACACUCUGGUGCUGCCUGACAGGAGGAGGACCUCUGAAGAGGUAGGAUCUUUUUUCCUUGAGUAA